AUGAAACGUUCCUGGGGCACAGACAGCCAGGAGGAGGAGCUCGACUUCAACGCACACCCAGCAAGACGGCGGACACCACCGCUCAUCUCAAGCUUGAAAACAUCAGUUUCACCCCCACCCAAGCGAAAAUCAGUCUCCAAUCAAAAAAGUCAUGAGCUUGCCUCUAUUGAAGCAGGAGAAGUUGAAGUCACCGAUCACCUAGGAAUUUUCUCAACCAAGCUCAGCCAACACACUCGCCCUCUAAAUAUCUCAAAAGUAACACCACGGUUAGCGAUGAAUGACUACGUCAAUUUAUAUCGGCGCAACAAUCAUCCCACGGGUCGUCACUUUGUCAUCCAUCAGCACGAUCAUCCUAUUGCAGGAACGCACUAUGAUCUUCGACUUCAAUUCUCCGAGACGAGUUCUGUGAGUUGGUCUAUCAUGUACGGAUUACCGGGAGAUCCGAAUAGUGUAAAGUUGAACAGAAAUGCGACCGAGACUCGUGUUCACUGUCUUUGGAAUCAUCUAAUUGAAACCGCGUCGGCCAAGACUGGGAGCUUGAUUAUCUGGGAUACUGGAGAGUAUGAGGUUUUGCCUUAUACCAGAGCUACCUCAUGCCCACAGACCGAUGAGUCUCAAGCAGAUUCCUCUGAUGGUGAAGGUUCACAUCGAGAGUCGAUUUCGGAUAGUACAAAACUUAAGGAGGCUUUCAAAAAUCGUAAAAUCCGUCUUCGCCUUCAUGGUAAUCGUCUACCGGCUGGCUAUACCUUACUCUUGCGCAUGGACAAGUCUACCGACUACGCCCGCCCAGCGCGAAAAGGGCCAAAAAGGAGACGGGCCACAAAGUCUAUUAAAGCACCCCCACCGCCGGCAUCUACCUCUACUUCCGAGUCUCCAUCCCCUCCACCACCUGACAAGACACAAAAGCAAGACGUUACCGAUGACAAGCUGUCAGUGCAAGAGCCCAAAUCUGAAGCAGAUCAUGCAAACCAUUCCGAUGAUAACGUUGACUAUCAAAUUCGGAAAAACAAUGCAUAUCCAGGAUCAUCGAAUACGAUAGGUUCCAUUCAUCAACGGAGAUGGUAUCUCAGUAUGGACCGUGAGAGCUCAGGAUUUGAACCUAGGAAGAUCACUGGUGGAGAGGGCGCAUCGAAUAGGAUGUGGGUUCGGUCUGGCGAUGGUUCAUCCUCAGGGUUAAAAGGAUUUGAGCCGUUUUACGUUCGUGGGCCUGAGGUUGAGAGGAGCGUUGUUACUGGCCGUCGGGGACAGGAUGUUCUUGAGGAUGAAGGGGUUGAAGGGUUUAUUGCUCGGAAAGGGUGGAGGGCUGUUGUACGGUGA